CGAUCACGCAUCAUUCGCAUUCAGGACUUCGCUGACUUCAGUGCAACCUACUAGUGCAGCAUCAUGAGGCACAUGCUCGUGGCCGCCAGUCUGGUGGCUCUCUUGGCCUUCGUCAAUGCCGAAGAAGCUAAGGCAGCAGAAAAAGAAGUGGCAGUGACCGAUAACAAGGAAGUUGCGUCAGACGACAAGAAGCACGAGAAGAGAGGAGUGUUCGACAUCGGACUCGGCUAUGGACACGGUGGACACGGUGGAUUCGGUGGUGGAUUCGACGGAGGUUUCGGAGGCGGCUACGGUGGCGGCUACGGCGGUCACGACACCCACUCCCACAAAACCAUCACUGUGGUCAAGAACGUCCCAGUCCCCUACCCAGUAGAGAAACACAUCCCCUACCCAGUAGAGAAGAAGGUUCCCGUGCCCGUCAAGGUGCACGUUCCCCAACCCUACCCCGUAGUCAAGCAUGUUCCUUACCCAGUCAAGGAGAUCGUGAAAGUACCAGUGCAUGUACCUCAACCCUACCCAGUUGAAAAGAAGGUGCCUUACCCCGUCCAUGUGCCAGUAGACAGGCCCGUCCCCGUCAAGGUGUACGUACCUCAGCCCUACCCCGUUGAGAAGAAGGUGCACGUGCCCGUCAAGGUCCAUGUCCCAGCUCCUUACCCAGUAGAAAAGAAGGUGCCCUACCCCGUAAAGGUACCCGUACAUGUGCCCGCUCCUUACCCAGUCUACAAGGAAGUGCCCUACCCAGUCAAGGUCCCCGUCGACAGGCCUUACCCUGUACAUAUUCCCAAGCCUGUGCCUUACCCAGUUGAGAAGCCCGUGCCCUACCCAGUAGAGAAACCCGUCCCUUACCCAGUGAAGGUCCCUGUCGACCGUCCCGUGCCUGUGCACGUUGAGAAACCCGUGCCCUACCCCGUGAAGGUGCCAGUACCAGCACCCUACCCCGUUGAGAAGCACAUCCCCUACCCCGUCGAGAAGCCCGUACCUUACCCCGUGAAAGUCCCCGUCGACAGGCCCUACCCUGUCCACAUCGAGAAACACGUGCCAGUCCACAUUGAGAAGCCAGUGCCGUACCCAGUGAAGGUACCAGUCCCCGUUGUUAUCGGUCACGGACACGGCCACGAAUAUGGUCAUCAUGAUAGCUACUAAGGCUGCAGGGAGCAGACGUUUGAAUGUGAUACAUAAAUAUAAGAUUAGCACUAAUACGAACGGGGGGCGUGUAAUACCCCUGCAUGGAUAGUGGUCGUAUUACCAGAUCCUAGGAACUCGUAUUCCACGACCCGCGAUCGAACGCACUGAACUAAAUACUCUAUUAGUCUACUUUUUGUUAUUUUUUUUUAAUCGGUUGAAGUUACGUUUGAGUUUAUGUACCUGUUAUUUUAAGACAAAAAUAAUAAAUGAAGUUUUGAAUUUCCUUUAACUUUGAAUGAACGAACUGAUUGUGAAAAUAAAUGGCCACGCCAAUUAUGAUAUUAUA